GAAACAUUCCCCUACGGUUUUUAAGACGGUCAAAGCACGUAGCUCCAUUACGUCUCCCAGCGAAUACGUCGAAUGUGUUCGGCCGAACGAGUCCGAAUGAUGCGUACGACGCGACGGCGCUUCACUUCGGUCUAUAUCGUACGUUUUCGUUCCGUUCGUCCACUGUUGCUAGCCAACAUUCCAAUGAACAUCUUCCGAACUUCGUUCGUCUAUGGAGACAUUCGACGUCGCCAUUUUGUGAACGUGAAUCAGUUGUGAACGCUGUAAGAGCGAGUGCGCGAUGAACAUGACCGGCUGGACCGAUUCCAAAAUUUUAUCCCUCAUUGAGGAAUAUAAGAAACGUCCUUGUCUCUGGGAUCCUUCUGAUGAAUACAACAAGGUCAGCUCGAAAAAGAACCAGGCUUGGCAAGAAAUAUCGUGCGUGUUGCAUUACGAUGUGAACGAAAUCAAGAGGAAGGUUGCUUCGUUACUGGCAUCUUUUAGGCGGGAACGAAAGAGAGGUCAAAGUCACUGGUACGCUUUCAAUCAGUUAUCUUUUCUCUUGGACAAAUUCAAAGGAAGAUCAGCUGAGGAAGGAGAAGAAGAUAAUUCGACGGAAUGGUGGAAUGAACAUGAUGAACUAACCGACGAACCAGAACUACUGCCAGUGUCAGCAAUUGAUGAUAAAUCAGAAAUUCAAAUCGAUACUAAAAAUUGUUUCACAACUCAGUACAUUCAAGCAAACCCCCUCAGCGAUGCCGAUGAUCACAUAUCGCAACUUUCUCAUUAUACUGGUCACAGUUUACCUCCCAGGAAAAAACACAAACCAGACAAAUCCAUCGAGGCUCCUAGUAAUGAAAGCUACAGUAACAAUCAACAUAGAGAGUUUAUUGCACCAAAAAAAAAAUCUGUUUCAGAAUUAUUCAUUGCAUAUUUGGCUGCCAAGUUGGAUACCUACACCGAGUAUGAAAGAAAUAUAGUGCAGCACAAAAUCAACGAUAUCUUAUUUCAAGCUGAUAUAGGAACAUUCGCGAAAGAGACCAAAGAGAAUGAAAAUUCCUAAAAUCAUUGACAUGAUGCGUGUUAAAAUAUCCUUACUGGAAGCUAAGGACGAAGUUCUGGACCCAGUCUCGUGAAGAAAAUAUAUAAUAUGUUCUUAAGCAAAGAGAGAAACGACUGAUAUUCAAAGAGGAUUAUUUAGAAAAUAUUUGUGUACAAAAUUCUAUCUGUAAAUAAAAUUGUUCUA